ACAAAAAUACACAAUCAAGUGGCCAUCUAGCUUAAGCCAUCAUAUCAUCAAUCUCCACCAAAGGGUUCGGGUUUCAAAUUUCUAACUCAUAAUUAGAUUAGAUAUUAAAUUUGCACACAUUUUUGCCCAACUCCCUAUAAAUGCUAGUGUGAGCAUACACUUAAAAUAUUAUCCCAUAGUAAACAACCACAAUGGAAGAAAAGGCCAAAGAAGGUGGAGAAAAAGAAGUCCGGUAUAGGGGAGUGAGGCGGCGGCCGUGGGGGAAAUAUGCGGCGGAGAUUCGUGACUCGACUAGGCAUGGAGUCCGGAUGUGGCUGGGGACUUUUGAUAAGGCGGAAGAUGCUGCUCGGGCUUAUGAUCGAGCUGCCUUCGGAAUGAGAGGAAACAUGGCCAUUCUCAACUUCCCAGAUGAACAUCGAUCAUCACCCAAUGUUGAAUUUCCUCCUCCUUCCUCUUCUCUUUCAUCUUCUUCUUCUUCUUCUUCAACUUCUUCUUCUUCAUCUUCAUCCUCGUCGCAGGUGGUGGAUAGAAGUAGGUGUUGUGAGAAUGAGAAAGAAGUAAUUGAGUUUGAGUACUUGGACGACAAGUUGUUGGAGGAACUUCUUGACUUUGAAAACAAAACAUGGAAGAACUGAUGAGAGGAGUUGCUCAAGAUCGAAAAUUUGGUUAGUAAAUGAUCUCCAUCCAAUCCAAACUUGGUUAGUAAAGGUGUUUCGAAUCUUGAACCAAUCCAAACUUGGCUAGUAAAGUCGGGUUGUGGGGCCUCUGUCAAAGGUAUUGAAAUCUUCACCAAACUUGGUUAUAAAAGGUCGCUGUGGGGCCUCUCAAUUCUUCCAUCUUCAAAUCCUACCCAUUCAUGAGCAUGUGGGUUACAUUUGCUGCCUUUCUUGUCACAGUCUUGUCUUGUUUACUUUUGAGUUUUUUUUUGUCUUUAUAAUCGUUUACGGUUUGACUUGUUUGGACGAUUAUAAAACUUAUAACUUGUGGUAGGAAAGGGUGCCUGUCAUAUUUAUGUUUGUAAUUUACUUUUGAGUAUGGUUUUUUUUAUUUUUUUAUUUUCUCUUUUG